UCGCUCUUUUACCGGAAGUGGUCAAACGCUCAUAUAUGUGCCUUUACAAUCAACAUUACCCUAAAACUCUUAAGUGGGUAAGUAUUUAGACGAAAUUAUCCCGAACGAAUGUACAAUGUCAGAUCGCAAACGAAGCCGAAAGCACCACGAGGACAGACAUGAAAAAAAGAAACACAAGGAGUCAAAACAAGAUGAUGAAGGCAAAUACCAACACCAAACCAGAAAACUGAUUCAAGAGGUGCAGAAACUCAAGCACGUGGAGACUUUCUAUGAAAAUCCACCGCCUGGGUACAUUAAGGAAGAGGAUGACAGACCAGAGGACUGUAUCCCUGAUGACCCCGGUAAUGAGGACGCUAGGAGCUUUUUGGCUCACGCUCCCACUAAAGGACUGUGGAUGCCUCUGGGGAAAGAGGUGAAGGUCAUGCAGUGCUGGAGAUGUAAGAGAUACGGCCACAGAACGGGAGACAGAGAAUGUCCUUUCUUUAUCAAAGGCAACCAGAAACUGGAGCAGUUCAGAGUGGCGCAUGAGGAUCCGAUGUAUGAUAUCAUCCGUGAAAACAAACGCAAUGAAAAAGAGACUAGGAUCCAGCAGUUGAAACAGAUGCUUGAAGACACCACCUCUGACUCUGACUCCACCUCGUCUUCCUCUGCCUCCUCCGAUCACACCCGGAAGAAGAAGAAAAAGAAAAAAGAGAAGAGGAAGAAAGAAAAGAAGAAACACGUGAAGAAAAAGAAGAAGCACAAGGCCAAGGCUAGCAGUGACUCAGACUCUGAUUGAAUCAAGGCCAGUGGUCUGGGUGUCUCAGUGUUCAUCAUAGAAGCCUGCAGUGGAUGCGUCAGCCCUAUCAGAUAUACACAGGAGGCUUCCCAUCAGUUCCCCAGGCCAUCUUCAGAUCUGCUUAAUAAUGCAUGGAUGCAUUUAAUCCCCUCUGUCGCAUGGAAUGCUUAGGAUAUUGUGAAUCUCUGACAGAUUUCCAAUAGCUGACCUUUAUCAGACUGUUCAGAUGUUUGUACAGAACACUUUCUGAAUGUAUGUUGAUUUACAUUUUGAGAAUGUGUCAUUGUGUAAUUUGCUGGUGAGAGCUUAUGAUACAUGCCAUCUGCUGUUGUGAACAGUGAAUUCCAUAAGUGUCAUGUAAAUAAAUUAAUAACUAUGGCUUUUUAGCAUGUACAACUUCUUUUUAUGGUAAUCUGAUAUCUGGGCAUUUAUAGGGUCUUCUAACUCAAAUUACAUGUGUGAAUUGACAUCAUCAGUUUCCAUCAAAUUGUUUAGGGCUUUUGCAUCUGGCCGUGGUACGUGGCAGGCAAUUAGCACCUCUUGAAGGGCUGACGAUGGUUUGCACAUCAUUCACAUCACGAGAGAGGCAGAUCGAGAGGGGAGAAGAGGCUUUUGCUUUGAUCUCGUCAUUCAUCGCUGAAAUCUGAGUCCCGCGGUCGUCAUCAGAGUACAUACACCAAUUUUUGCCAAGAUAAAUAGUGCAUCACAUCAUCAAAGGGACUCUUUAUAAUGCUUUUUCAAUAGGCAACUAUGUAUGCUUUUUAAAAAGACAAGAAAACAAUACUAAGAUAAUUAUUCAUUUUAAUUAUCUAAAUAUUAAGUCAACUUAAUGUAGUCUAUGACUGUCUAUCAGGACUGUUUUUCCAGAUGAAAUGGUUAGCUUGUUCUCAUCUUCAUAAUGUGUCUGUACUGGUAAUAAAAGCUGGAUUCUCAUGUU